GCAGAGAGGCGCGGCCGGAAGCGGAAGCGGGCGCGGCCGGAAGCGGCAGGGCAGAGCGGCGCCGCCAUGAAGCCGGCGGUGGACGAGAUGUUCCCUGAGGGUGCCGGGCCCUACGUGGACCUCGACGAGGCAGGAGGAAGCACGGGGCUGCUGAUGGACCUGGCAGCUAACGAGAAGGCGGUGCACGCGGACUUCUUCAACGAUUUUGAAGAUCUCUUUGAUGAUGAUGACGUCCAGUGAACUUAGUUGUCCUGCUAUGCAGUGCUGGGAUGUGGAGUUUUCUCUGGGAUCGCCUGUGGUGUCCGUUAUUUAUUAAAAUAAUUAAAACGGGAAAAUGCUGCGGAGGGGUGGAACCUGUGUAAGCUGCCCGAUGGUGAAAGAUAACCAAGGAGAGAACUGUGGGCUGUUCCUUCUAGGAAGCUGCGUGUAGGCGUUUCUUAAAGUUAUACUUGCUGACGUGUUUGUUCAAUAAAAUGCUAACAAAAAGUCUUUCUGGGAUAUACUUUGAAAGCAGA